AGUCGUGAGUGGCGGACCAAGCGUUGCCACUCGUGACGGUGGGCGCGCUGCCAUAAAGACGAGAUCUUUCAGCGAUGGCUCUACGAGCACGGUGUGUAUCGAGUGAACCGCCUUUCUGAUCUCACCUCAUUCGUGGGAGCAUCUCAGGUUCUGGUCGGCUAUGCGCGCGCAUCUGCUCCUCUACGUUGCUGCUGCGCAGUGUGCGACCGCCGCAGCGGAGUGGUCACUCGAUCGACAUGACUCGCACAUCGCCAGUGAGCGAACCAUUGACGAUGGACUGUCGACGUGCUUCGGAUGCUUGCGCCGCCGAGGAGCAGGCGAGGAUGCAGUGUCAAAAUCUUUAAAGCUCAUAGAGUCCACUUCCUCCAAGGCUUCGCCCGCUUAUCGCACUCGAGUGCAGCACGAGAGGAAUCGAAAGGAGGCGAUGGCCAAGAAGCUGAAAUCGAAACCAGUGUCCAAGCUGAGCGCGGACGAAGUCGAGUUGCUAUAUCGUGCUGGUCACGCAAAUCGAGUGCCUUUGGGGAGUGGCAACAGGCGGACGCUCUACAGUCAGCACAAGAUACUCCGCGCGCAAGGUCUGCUCGAUCGAGCGCUGGAGGUGCACCCAAAAUUGCGCUCCCUCACUCGCGUCGAUGGUCAGCGCAUCGACACAUCGGCGCCAGCUGAACGCGGUUAUGGCCCAUACAAGUCGCGCUCAGCAAACCUAUCGCGCGAUCUCGAGCCGGCUAGAGGUCGGCCGCGCCUACCGACCGGCCGAGGCUCAUCGAAAACCCGCCAAAGGCAACGUCAACGACUCGCCAUUGUUAGCGAUCAGGCGCCAGAGUCUCGGGAUGGUGCGUCUACAGCGCACGCAUCUUCGUCCCGCGCGGCAUCUCCUCCGCACACGCCACUACAGCAAAACACACACCCUGCGCACGUUCUGUUCAGACCUGCUUGGCAUGUCAACACCAUUCGCAAAGCCCGGACUCCUCGCUACGAAGUCCUCGACGCAGCCUCCUCCAGAGGUUCGCUCCAAGGAGAACCCGCGUUCGCUGCCCAGCUGACAAAGCGAGGUCAGCAAAUGAAUGAGGAAGCCUUGAACGAGGCAAAGGCAGUCUAUGAGCUGGUACAAGAGGCUUCACGGCGUCACCGCCCGGACAAUCCCGGGCGCACCGCUAAAGAUUUCGGUGAGGGAGGGGAGCGCACUCUCCUUCGACAAAUGAGAAUCGUAAAGCAGGCUCAAAAGUCCGGUCUUGCCGAUGAGCUCAAAGAGUUUCACCGCGGUCACAAAGAUUUCCUUGAACCCGGCCUGUCUUGGAAAGCAAGGCGCAGAACUACUCUGGCAAGGUGGAAGGUCCGCAGCAUCCUGCGCGAAGCGGGGUCCCUCCCACAGCAUGUCUGGCAAGUCGUCCCUGGUUCGCGAUCAGCCUCGAGAUAUAAAGCCGAACGGCCAAGUCCUGCCAAGUUGUCAUCCGCACAAAACUCAUGGUACGAAUGGCGAGACAGAAAGGCGGCGGAAGUCAAAGAGCAUGGACUCGCAGCCAUUGCGCCCCAGCUUGAAAAAUUGCACUGGGAUAAUGAGCCCAGCUCGGACGCUGAAAGGUCCCUCUUUCAACGAGCGCAUGCCCUCGCCACGGCUCGCGCCAUUGGCAAGCAUGUGGAUGCGAGCACGUCUAUGAGCUCCGUCUCGGGGCCAGCAGCGCUGGCCACAAAUCGUCCAAGACGUCAAGCUCGAAAGAGGCCAUGGGUCGAUCCUGAUCAAGACGACGCGUCGUCUGACGCCGGCGAUCACCUGCCACCCGCCCUGCGCGACGUGAAACGGGUGAUCAAGUCUGCUGACGCUCUUCGACCGCUGUCAGCGCGCUGGCAAGUGAAGAAAUCCCGCUCAAAGGGCAGGGACGACCGCACGGCUCUCGCUGCAAGCAAGGUUGACCAUGCAGCACCCUCGUACGCGAGACCGGGCUUUGGCAUCGCACAAAUCGAAGGAAGCUCGCCGCCCGUGUCGAGGCAAGCGCAGUCUAGUGCGUCGAGCCCCCAGAGCAAGGCGAAAAGGCCCCGCUCUCAAGUCACCUACGUAGAUCCCAACGAGUCCCAAGCUCGUCGGCUGCAGAAACGUGCACCACCAGAACCUGAAGCAUUCGAAAAAGCGGCUGCCGCGUACGAUGCAUGGCGCUCCCGGACUAAAAAGCACGGCCCAAAGCCCAUGGCGCUAGGCCAAGGCUGUCGAAAGACGAUCUCUCGCCAGCGCAAACGGCUCGCAGGGCUAGACGCGGCUUGUCACGUUGCCGAGGUGUUGCCGGACGGCAGGUCGCGCUUGUCCGAAUCCCAAAUGACCGACGAACGACUGCAAAGGCAUCGGCUGCUGCGCGCAGCCGCCGAUCGGCGGUACAGGGAUCGCAAGGCCUUGCGGCUGGCAAACUACAGUGAAGAUGAUGUCUGGAAAAAAGUUCCGGGAAAUCGCAGUAUGGGCAGGCUUGGUGCACAUAUGAAAGACGCAUCUUCACCUUACGCAGCCGCUACGUUGAAAGCUUACGGCAGCACGGUGAGAAAAGCGCAACGAAUUCGAGAGCAAGGGCUUGCGGAAGGCGAUCUGCUGAGUGUGGGUGCGAAGGCCGCCAAGACUGGUAGACCCUCUCUGGCGUACAGCUCCGCGGUGGAUUCUGGUGCGCCUCGCAGCUCGAUAGCGGCCGCUCCUCGAACCUCUCGUGUGGCAGCACCGCCACAAGUCGAGAGUGGCGAAAGCUGGUUGCGCAAGUCUAGCUCGGAGCGUGAAGCGAGUGCGCUGGCGCCGAAAUUCAACGCCGGUCGGAAGAAGAACGUGCUGGGCGUUGGCUCCCAGUCAACCCUCUGGCGACAGCGUCAAGAGGGCGCCUUGCCCGCGGAUCAGGAAAUGUCUCGAGCCAAACGCGGCAGACCAAAGCUGCCCGACGGAAUUGGUGCGCCAAUCACCCUCUGGCGGCAGCGUCAAAGGGCGCGCGUAGAGGAGGGCGAAGCCGAGUCGAUCGACAAGCUACCGAGCAGAAGGCAGCACUCGGGGAAGGCGCCUCUUCCCUGGGGCAAGGGCAAUCAUAGCACACUGACCCGGCAGCGAACAGCGCUGAGAAUAGGCGGGUUCAACAACGACGCCAUCCAUCUUCUAGUCCCUUGGAAGUAUCCAGAGAGGCAAAAGGAGGUCGAAAAUUUCGUGCCAGCAUUUAAAGGCACGUCGAAUUCGGGAGCCUACAGACACGAACUGCUACUCAGAGAGGGGUCCAGACUUCGCGAAAAGGGUCUUUACGAAGGAUCGGAACGUUUAAAGGCGCUCGUUGGCCAGGCCAGGAAAUGGAGAGCCAGUCGAGAUCAGCCUUUGGGUGACAUAAGUGCACCUCGGCCGCCGCAGGAUCCACCCACCACGUCCGUGGAGCAGUCUACUUACACCGCGCCAAGCCCGAGAGAGCCGCAACAUCGGAGAACGCCGCGGAAGCCGGGACCUGUUUUGCAGUACGACACCACCUUUCCGAAGCCCUGGGCUGCGCCCUCUUCUGCCAGAUCAUCAGCAGCCGAGACUGCCUCGUCAAACGUCGCCGAGGAGCCUGCCCUCCAAAAGAGAUCUGGUGAGGAAGAGCUGCUGAAAGCGAAAGAGGAAGCACAGGCGCUUCUCAAGGGGAAAUUUGCCGACGUGCCAAUCGGAACAGGACAACCCAAAGUGCAGUACGGGCACCGCGAGACGUUGAAAAAUGCUCAACGAUUUGACUUGGUUGAAAAGAUUUGGCCGGGUAUGAAACGUCGAGGUCCCGCCAGAAAAGCGGUCGGAGAGGGGUCGCGUCGAACAUUGUGGCGACAAAAGCAGCGCUUAGCUCGCGAGGGACAGUCGACGGAUGAAGUCGACUCGCUAUUGCCCGAGCCGCGCAUGAACUAUCACAAUGGACUCAGGGGAUUCGGACAAGGCAGCGCCAGGACCUUGUCGCGUCAACGUAGACUAUUGCGAUGGGGCAAGGUGCCCAGCGACAAAGUUUGGGGAAUCGUACCUGCCAAGAGGCCGCGCGAGCCUACCGCAUCACCAGAAGCUUUUUCGGGCAGAGACGUUUCGCUGCGCAAAGAAGCCGAAUCCAUUCGCGACCACGGUCUGGUCCACGGCACCUCACGCCUGCUAUUAUCCAUCCUCGGCAAGCCCAAACUAAGCAGCACUGCCCCUUCAUCCCUUGUUCGAGGACCGAGUCUCGUGCGUGGCGACAGCGACGUUCGUGAACAAUCACUUGCAAGCGAUCGGGAGUAGAUCCAGUCUUGCAAUGCUAACAAUCGAAUCACGUGUAGAACAAUGGCGUCGAGCGUGCUUCUCAUCAGGCGUUGUGUGACGGCAUGCCAUUGCUCAAUUCUCGCGUGCU